GCAAUCAUUCGAACAACAUCCAAAUCACAAAAUGGCUAUCCGACCAGUCACAAGAUCACCACUUCUCCUUAUCACCCUCAGUGUUUGUCUGGCCCUCCCUAUUCUUGCCGUCUCAUCUCAUAUUCUGUCUAUCUAUCGCGACGAACAUGCCUCGAAUCCCUGGUGGCUACCCAUCUGGCACGCUCAUUUCGACACACGCGGUCUCAUCGCCAUCACUGUGACUUCUUGCAUCAUCUUCGCUCUUGACCUUGUGUCUAUCGGUCUGGUGAUUGCUGGAAACAAGACGGGAAACAAGAGCAAGAAUGUCAAGUGGAUCGUCGUAGCAUCGAUGCUGGCAACGACUAUUGCGGCGUUAGUCGCUAUCAUCAUGCCUGCCAUUGCCAAUGCCGCAGCACCCAGCAAAUCUGACACCGUUCAAACGUGGACUUGUCGAUGGAGAAAUGCUGUCGGUGCACCUGAGAAUUUUGGAGCGUUGUGUCAUGAGAGCCAAUUCACUUCCUACGCUCCUAUUCCGCUCUUCAUCAUUCAUCUUCUGCUUUUGGUUCAGAGUGUCCAAGAUGCUGUCGUUACACCGCAGCCGGAUCAGACGUUUGACGAAGAGUUGGUUAUCAUUACAAAGAGUGUCGAUGUCGCUACUACAGCUUCGAAUGACAGUCCCAGAAUGGAUGGAAAGGAAGUGAGGCUCUGAUGUAUUCUGCGUUCCUGCACUCGCAGUGCUGUAUACCCGUGAAAAGGCAAGAGAUUUUUUCGUUGAGAGCAAGCUGAUCAGUUGCUCAGUAUGCCUCUGCCUAGUUGCAAAGUGCCGAUCUCAAAUGGACUUUGCAUCUCGAUGGGCAUGGCAUUAGUUCUAGGUGUGUCUGCCGUAGGGGCUAGAAGAUCUAGUAUGAUAGCAG